AUGGAGCAGAAGGAAGGGAAGCCCUCUGAGGACGGAACCCCUGUGUCCCCAACCACGGAGGUCCCGGAGACAGUGGGAGGGGGAGCCUCUGCUGAGGAGGAGGCCACAGGCCCAGCUGAGAGGACCAUCACAGAGGGGCCUCCAGACGGAGCAGGAAAGCAGGAGAGGGCACCAGCUGAGGAUAGCAUUACAGCUGAAUUCCAGGGGGAAUCCAAAGGGGAGGCUGACCUUCAAAAGGAGGACAGCGGGAAGAAAGAGACCACCGUGGCUCCUCAGGAGACGGCUGAUUGGAAAGAAGAGACCAACUCCGAACCCAAGGAGACGGAGGGAAAAGAGGAGAUCACGUUGGCCUCUGAGAAGCAGCAGGCUGAUGAGAAAGAGGCCAAGCCUGGGUCUAGGGAGAAAGCCAAUGUGAAUGAUGAGGUGCAGGCUGCUGGGAAGGAGGAGGCCAAGGCUGGAGACAGGGAGCAGGAGGCCACAGUGGCCUCUCAGGAGGUGAGCAACAAGACGGAGGAGCCCAAGGCUGAAACCCAAGAGAAAGCCAGUGCCCCAGAGGCCAAGUCGGACUCUCAGAAGACUGCCGUGGAAGAUGAGGCCAAGCCUAAACCACAGGAGGAGGAGGUGAAGGAGGAGGUGGUGAGUGAGGAAGAGGAGAGGAGAGGAGGGAGGAGGCCCCACGAUUCUCCGGAGCCCCCUGAGCCAGGCUGUCCUGAUGAAGAGCAGGACCAGGGCGCGGAGAAAGGGGCAGAGGAAGGGGCAGGAGCGCUUCCCCGGUCCGCCGAGGAAUGGCCCGAGAGCCCCACGGAGGAGGGCAGCGGCCUCAGCCCAGAUGGGCUGAGUCCAGACACCGCAGCUUCCGGAGAGACCAGUCCUUCAGCCAGUGAAUCUUCACCCAGCGACGUGUCCCAGAGCCCCACGGAGCCCCCUCCCUCACAGGAGAAGAAGAAAGACAAGGCACCAGAGCGCAGGGUGUCAGCCCCUGCCCGGCCCCGGGGGCCCCGUGCCCAGAACCGCAAAGCCAUCGUAGACAAGUUUGGGGGGGCAGCCUCGGGCCCCACGGCCCUGUUCCGGAACACCAAGGCCGCGGGGGCAGCCAUCGGCGGCGUUAAGAACAUGCUCUUGGAGUGGUGUCGGGCCAUGACGAGGAGCUACGAGCAUGUGGACAUCCAGAACUUCUCCUCAAGCUGGAGCAGUGGCAUGGCCUUCUGCGCCCUCGUCCACAAGUUCUUCCCCGAUGCCUUUGACUACGCUGCACUGGACCCCACCAAGCGCCGGCACAACUUCUCCCUGGCCUUCUCCACAGCCGAGAAACUGGCCGACUGUGCCCAGCUGCUGGAAGUGGAUGACAUGGUGCGGCUGGCAGUGCCCGACUCCAAGUGCGUCUACACCUACAUCCAGGAGCUGUACCGCAGCCUCGUGCAGAAGGGACUGGUGAAGACCAAGAAGAAAUGAGGGGCUGACCAACCCUGUGGGCAGAGGCGGGCAGGGAGCCCAGCUGACCAGCCGUGGCCCAGAGGCUCACUCCUGCUCAUGGUGGCAGCAGUGCUGGGGCUCAGACAAGGGCAGAUGGUACCAGUCUUAACUACAUGAAAAGUUCUUUUGUAAA